CGGGCCGCUGCCGCUCGCGCUGGGGCUGGACGCGGAGCGGGAGGGGGGCGGGGGGAGCGGCUCCGCUUCCAGGCUCGAGUGAGGCGGAGACCCGGGCUGGCGGGCGGAGCAGGAGGCACCGCACCUCGGCCAGAGGCGGCUGCUGCAGCUGCUGCCCUUGCGCUCGCCGCCGCCUCUCCAGCGCUUCUGUGAUCACCCCUCCAGCUGCUGGGCGCCGCGGCGAGAGAGAGGAGGAGGCGAGAAACUCCCACCGACCCACAGAGGGAGAUGACUUCGGCCACGUCACCUAUCAUUUUAAAAUGGGACCCCAAGAGUUUGGAAAUCCGGACGCUCACAGUGGAGAGGCUACUGGAGCCGCUUGUCACACAGGUGACGACCCUUGUGAACACCAGCAACAAAGGCCCAUCAGGUAAAAAGAAAGGGAGGUCAAAGAAAGCCCACGUCCUGGCUGCGUCUGUAGAGCAAGCCACUCAGAACUUCCUGGAAAAGGGGGAACAGAUCGCUAAGGAGAGCCAGGACCUCAAAGAAGAACUGAUCGCUGCUGUGGAAGAUGUGCGCAAGCAAGGUGAGACCAUGCGCAUCGCCUCUUCCGAGUUUGCUGAUGACCCGUGCUCAUCCGUGAAGCGUGGCACCAUGGUGCGGGCGGCCAGGGCUUUGCUAUCCGCUGUAACCCGCCUACUCAUCCUGGCAGACAUGGCAGAUGUCAUGAGACUUUUAUCUCAUCUGAAAAUUGUGGAGGAGGCCCUAGAAGCUGUCAAAAAUGCUACAAAUGAGCAAGACCUUGCAAACCGCUUCAAGGAAUUUGGGAAAGAGAUGGUGAAACUUAACUACGUCGCAGCAAGGAGACAGCAGGAGCUGAAGGAUCCCCACUGUCGGGACGAGAUGGCCGCCGCCCGAGGAGCCCUGAAGAAGAACGCCACCAUGCUGUACACGGCCUCCCAAGCCUACCUCCGCCACCCAGACGUGGCUGCCACAAGAGCCAACCGCGAUUACGUGUUCAAGCAAGUCCAGGAGGCCAUCGCCGGCAUCUCCAAUGCUGCUCAAGCCACCUCGCCCACGGACGAGGCCAAGGGCCACACGGGCAUCGGCGAGCUGGCUGCGGCCCUGAAUGAGUUUGACAAUAAGAUCAUCCUGGACCCCAUGACGUUCAGCGAGGCCAGGUUCCGGCCGUCCCUGGAGGAGAGGCUGGAGAGCAUCAUCAGCGGGGCCGCGCUCAUGGCCGACUCCUCCUGCACCCGGGACGACCGGCGCGAGAGGAUCGUGGCCGAGUGCAACGCGGUGCGCCAGGCGCUCCAGGACCUGCUCAGCGAGUACAUGAACAACACUGGAAGGAAGGAGAAAGGAGAUCCUCUAAACAUUGCAAUUGAUAAGAUGACCAAGAAAACAAGAGAUCUAAGGAGACAGCUUCGGAAAGCUGUGAUGGAUCACAUAUCUGAUUCUUUCCUGGAAACCAACGUCCCUUUGCUGGUUCUCAUUGAGGCUGCAAAGAGUGGGAAUGAGAAGGAAGUGAAGGAAUAUGCCCAGGUUUUCCGUGAACAUGCCAACAAGCUGGUGGAGGUUGCCAAUUUGGCCUGUUCCAUCUCCAACAAUGAGGAAGGGGUGAAAUUGGUUCGAAUGGCAGCUACCCAGAUCGACAGCCUGUGUCCCCAGGUCAUCAAUGCCGCUCUCACGCUGGCUGCCCGGCCGCAGAGCAAAGUUGCUCAGGACAACAUGGAUGUCUUCAAAGACCAGUGGGAGAAGCAGGUCCGAGUGCUGACGGAGGCCGUGGAUGACAUCACCUCAGUGGAUGACUUUCUUUCUGUCUCAGAAAAUCACAUCUUGGAGGACGUGAACAAAUGUGUGAUAGCUCUACAAGAGGGGGACGUGGACACUCUGGACCGGACUGCGGGGGCCAUCAGGGGCCGGGCAGCUCGAGUCAUACACAUCAUCAAUGCUGAAAUGGAGAACUAUGAAGCUGGUGUUUACACUGAGAAGGUGCUGGAAGCUACAAAAUUGCUCUCUGAGACAGUGAUGCCACGUUUUGCCGAACAAGUGGAGGUUGCCAUUGAAGCCCUGAGUGCCAACGUCCCUCAACCAUUUGAGGAGAAUGAGUUCAUCGAUGCCUCUCGCCUGGUGUAUGACGGCGUUCGGGACAUCAGAAAGGCUGUGCUGAUGAUCAGGACUCCAGAAGAACUAGAGGACGAUUCUGACUUUGAGCAGGAGGACUAUGACGUGCGCAGUAGGACAAGUGUUCAGACCGAGGACGACCAGCUCAUCGCAGGGCAGAGUGCGCGGGCCAUCAUGGCGCAACUGCCGCAGGAGGAGAAGGCAAAAAUAGCUGAGCAGGUGGAGAUAUUCCACCAAGAGAAAAGCAAGCUGGAUGCCGAAGUGGCCAAAUGGGAUGACAGCGGCAAUGACAUCAUUGUGCUGGCCAAGCAGAUGUGCAUGAUCAUGAUGGAAAUGACAGACUUCACAAGAGGCAAAGGCCCAUUGAAAAAUACAUCCGAUGUCAUUAAUGCUGCCAAGAAAAUUGCUGAAGCAGGUUCUCGAAUGGACAAAUUAGCUCGUGCCGUGGCUGAUCAGUGUCCUGAUUCAGCGUGUAAGCAGGAUUUAUUAGCCUACCUUCAACGAAUUGCCUUGUAUUGCCAUCAGCUUAAUAUCUGCAGCAAGGUGAAGGCGGAAGUGCAGAACCUGGGAGGAGAGCUCAUUGUGUCAGGGACAGGAGUUCAGAACACUUUCACUACCUUUUAUGAGGUAGAUUGUGAUGUCAUAGAUGGGGGCAGGGCUAGUCAACUUUCUACCCACCUCCCAACCUGUGCUGAGGGAGCUCCGAUCAGUGGAAGCAGUGAUUCCUCCAUGGUUUAUUCCCAGGAUUCCUGCUCCAGGCUGGGGGAGCAAAGGGGUUCUGAAGAAGAGAUAGGCUAUAAUAUUUUUGCUGCAGAAUUAGACACCAUCUAUCUGAAAAUGGAAUCUGUGCUGGACAGCGCCACGUCGCUCAUCCAGGCAGCUAAAAACCUGAUGAACGCUGUUGUCCUCACGGUAAAAGCAUCCUAUGUGGCCUCGACCAAAUACCAGAAGGUCUAUGGGACAGCAGCUGUCAACUCCCCUGUUGUGUCUUGGAAGAUGAAGGCUCCGGAGAAGAAGCCCCUUGUGAAGAGAGAAAAGCCUGAAGAAUUCCAGACUCGAGUUAGGCGAGGGUCUCAGAAGAAACACAUCUCGCCUGUGCAGGCCUUAAGUGAAUUCAAAGCAAUGGAUUCCUUCUAGGACGAUAGGCUUUAACAAGAACGCCUUUUCUUUCUUUCUUUUUUCUUUCCUUUCCUUUUUCAAUCCAUUUUUUGUAUGCAUACCUGCCGACUUGUGUGCCUCAGGCAUGGGGAAAUUAUGGGAGCGGAGUCUGUUUGCAUGCAGGAUGCGGUGGGAUCAAUACUACUGACCCAUCUGUAAGCCUGGAGAGGGGACGGGGACGCCCUGUCCUGAGGUGGCACAGAGCUGUUCUUUGCAACAUUCUCAUAAAAUCUGGUGAAGAGUUUGUAUCACAAUGUUUACGGGAGUGGGAGGGAGGGGAAACAUAAACUUAACGCUACAAGAGCAAAUUCUAAUGCAUGCAGGAAUCAUUUGGUUGGCAGGUAUAUUAAGUGAAAAAUCUGGAAGUGUUAAUGGUAGAACAUAAAGCUUGUAUUGCUUCCAUUUCGAUGCAAAAAUAUCCUAGCCAGUAUGCUUAAGUGUGUGGCCCACAAAUGAAACAACUGAACUUUGAAGUCCUAUCCAUAAUAUGUCGAUUUUUUUUAAUGAAGGGGAAACUAACUCCUCCAGCCUAAAUAUGCUUCUUUUAAUCUGUAUUCUGUUCUUUCUCUUCUAGUAGUGCCGUUACUAGUGCUCAUGGAAUCGAUUUUUCCCCGUCACUGAAAACAAUAAACAUUUAUUUGAGACAAUUAUAAUUCUUCUGUGGGCACUGGAAGCACAAUAGAGUGUUCAAUCUUGCUUUUACUUUUUUUAAAAAAAAUUGAACGAUGAUUUUGCUAGAAAUAGGAGGCCCAGUGGUUGGAUGUUAGAGGAAUGGAAACUGACAACGUGUAAAGGUUUAGAGGCAAAUACAUAGGUGUAGCUUGGAGUGCUGGUAUCGACUAUGGCAUUGUAUCCACUAACUCAAAAUAAACGCAUUUAAUCUCGA